AUGAAAUCAUCCAAGAAUUUAAUACUUAUUUCUAGUAUAUUAUUGGUUGUUUUACUUUAUAUAUUUUUUUCAAGGAAUAAUACUGUGUCUGGUCUUGAAAAUUGGGAUAAUACACUUGAUGAUAAAAGGUCAAUAUUGUCAAUGGAUCAAUCAAUUAAUCAACAACAACAACAACAUAAUAAGACAUUCGUUGUUAAUGAUGAUGUAGAACUAUCAUCCAUCGACUUUCUUGAUUCACUCAAUUAUUCAAGGUUGAUUGGUAACCAGGAUGAGGAAAAACAAUGGCAUUGGCGUUACGACCCUCCCCAGCCCAAGGUCAUUCGUUCAAGUAUCCAAUACCAAGAUGAAUCAAUAGUAUGGCUAAGUGGCAACUCGUUAAUCAGAUCAAUAAUGAUAGCAUAUGCAAAUCACAUGCACUUGGUCAUCAGACCAGAUGAUAUAUGGCAAGCAAUAAUCACUCAGUUCUCAUUCUAUGUCAAUGCCCGUUCAGACACUUUGAGGGACAAGUUUGUCUCAUUCAAUGGCAAACGAGAGUUGACAAUCUUUUCCAAAGGCACCUUAUUCACUGCAAAUUUUGAUGAUAUCAUAACAAUGAUAUCCGAUCAAAUCUCGAAUAUCAAGGAUCCUUCAAUCAGAGAUUGGAUCAUUCCCAACUUCACGACAACGACUGAUACUGAUCGAGUUGUUGGAGGAAUCACAAUGAUGGCAACUACAAAGAACUACUUUGACUACAAGGUCGUCUUCUUAUGUGGUCUUCCCCAGGUUACUCUACUAGGUUCAGUUGAUGAUUGGACAGAGAUCAGAGAUCGAGAUAAAAGACUGGUGGAGUUCGACACUGAGGACAAGUACUUGGAGCAGUGGGUCGAGAUGUUGUUGCCAGUCUUGGACAACUUUAUCAUGACGGCCGAGGGCACCCCAGACAUUGAUUGGUGGAAGAGUAUAGUAAACAAGCAAAAAGGACUUGGUUGCAAUACUGAAUUCUUGACAGGUUGGAUUACAACUUUCAUUCCUUUCUCGGAGAUGGGAGAGUGGCAGGCAGAGCUAAGGUCAGUCGAAACAAUGGGUGAUACACGUGAGAAUCCGGUCAUUCAUUAUGAUUCUCAAUGGCCAAUUAUCUUAAUAGAUAAUGUUCCAAGAGGUUUUGUAUCAUGUCCAUUAAAGAUCAAUGAUAACGGCAAUGAAUUCGACACAGAGAUCUAUGGAGGACACAUCACAUCAAAGUUAAUCAAUGACAAUACAACCAUCAUUCCACAAAUUGAUUGGUGC